GUGUACACUCUGUGUGUGUGUCUGUACACAUCCCCGUGUGUGUGUGCACAUCUGGGCAGCGCUCACACCCGCGGGCGAGUGUGCACACACCCGUGCGUGUGUCCACUCUUACAGACUCCCUAAAAUCCCCUCAGCCCCGAAUCCCGACCCCAGAUCCCAGGGUCAGGGUGAGGAGGGCGAGCCUUGCGCACCCCUGCGCGGUGCCACAGCAGGUCCCGGCACUGUCCCCGUGAGGUGACACCGGAGCUGUCCCCGCUGGGCCAGACCGGCUCCAGGCUGGGGACUCGGUGGCACCCGCAGUGGAGGGAGGGGCGGUGCUGGCUCUGGGUGUCCCGAUAACGCCCCCCGGCCUUAUCUGGGCGCUGCCGGGGGCUCCCCUCCCUGCACAGCCUUGGGGGUUUUGGGGGUCCCUCCCCACUGUUCCCCAGCCGGGUUCUCUUGGCUGAGGCCCCUUGGCAGGGGCGGGGGGGGUGUGUGGCACCCUGGUGGGCACAGGGAGGUGGGACAUGUCCCCUGGGGGAUGUCCGUGUGCUGAGGGUGACUCUGAUUUAUUUGGGGGCUGUGGGGGGUUACGUGGCUGCUGUGGGAUUCACCAGCCCGCCCCUUCCCCAUUUCUCUGUCACAACAACGGGAAACUGAGGCACGGUGACAAACGGGGUUGGGGGGGUUGCCCCCCAGCUCGGUCAGCCCCCGCCCACCCCCGUGAAGGGGGUCCCUCGCCCCCCCAGACCCCGCGUGGGGGUGAUGCUCAGCCCCCCCAAAACGGGAAUCGAGGCAGGGCAAAGCAGGGGGUGGCGAUCUGACCCUGGGGUGGGCAAAAGACCCCCCAGAAACCCCGGGAACAGCCCCCUCCCCUCGGCUUAACCCACGGGGUCCUCCACCAGCGGCACCUCGUGUCGGGAGGGACAGGUGGGGACCCCCGCGGGGGACUCCGGCCCUCCCCUCUCUAUUCUCCCCCCCCAUCCCCCGGAGAGAGAUUUGGGGGGCCGGGGGCGGGGAGAGCAUCCCUUGGGGGGGGCGGCGCACGGCCCGUGGCGUGGGCACCGGCGGAGCAAAGCCUGCGCGGCGCGGGGGCCGCGGCCGAGGGGUGCGGGGUCCCCGCGGGGGAAGGGGCAUCGCCCGCGGCCGCGGCGGCUGGGCCGCUGCAUGGAAGCGAGCUGGGUGCCGGCUGCCAUGGCUCUGGGGCUCUCCUCCAAGAAAGCUUCCUCCAGGAAUAUCGCCGUGGAGAGGAAAAACCUCAUCACCGUCUGCAGGUUCUCAGUGAAGACUCUUCUGGAGAAGUACACGGCCGACCCCAUCGAUGACUCCUCCGAGGAGUUCGUUAACUUCGCUGCCAUCCUCGAGCAGAUCCUCAGCCACCGCUUCAAAGGCCCCGUCAGCUGGUUCAGCUCUGAUGGGCAGCGCGGCUUUUGGGAUUACAUCCGCCUGGCCUGCAGCAAGGUCCCCAACAACUGCGUCAGCAGCAUCGAGAACAUGGAGAACAUCAGCACCUCCAGGGCCAAGGGCCGGGCCUGGAUCCGAGUGGCGCUGAUGGAGAAGCGAAUGUCCGAGUACAUCUCCACGGCCCUGAGGGACACUCGGACCACCAGGAGGUUUUAUGACGACGGGGCCAUCAUGCUGCGGGAGGAAUCCGCGGUGCUCACGGGGAUGCUCAUCGGGCUCAGCGCCAUCGACUUCAGCUUCUGCCUGAAGGGAGAGGUGAUGGACGGCAAAACGCCCGUGGUCAUUGACUACACGCCCUACCUGAAGUUCACGCAGAGCUACGACUACCUGAGUGAGGAGGAGGAGCGGGGCAGUGUGGAGAGCAGCACAAGCGAGGACAGCUCACCUGAACACCCCUACCUGCCCCUGGUCACCGACGAGGACAGCUGGUACAACAAGUGGCGCAAGAUGGAGCAGAAAUUCCGCAUUGUUUAUGCCCAAAAGGGGUACCUGGAGGAGCUGGUGAGGCUGCGGGAGUCACAGCUGAAGGACCUGGAGGCGGAGAACAAGCGGCUGAAGCUCCGGCUGGAGGAGGUGAUGGUGCAGAACCAGCUGGAGAAGAGGGAGCUGGAGGGCGUCAUCCUGGAGCUGCAGGAGCAGCUGUCCCCGGCACUGGUGGCUGCGCCAGGUGCUGAGCACCCGCCUUUGCUGCAGGACGGGGCUGAUUCCCUGCGAGAACCCACAGCUGGCCCAGCUCUCCAAGGAGAUGGUGACACCCCUGGUCAACCAGUGGCCCUCCCUGGGGACCCUCAACGGCAACGAGAGCGGCUCGGACAGCAAACUGUACAGAAGGCACAGCUUCGUGAGCACCGACCAGCUCUCGGCCGAGAACAGCCUCAGCUCCGACUCCCAGCGCCUGGGCGAGGGCAAGCGCGAAGGGGAGCCCUGGGGGCCCUUGGGGAAGGACCCCACGCCCUCCAUGCUGGGGCUCUGCGGCUCCCUGGCCUCCCUGCCCAGCUGCAAGUCCCUGGCCAGCCUCAAGUCCAACGAGUGCCUGGUGAGCGACAGCACGGAAGCCAGCCCGACCCGCAGCCCCAGCUGAGACCCCCGGCCCCCGCACAGGACUGAGCUCGGCCCCCUCGCCCCCCCGGGACCAACGAGGGACUCGCCCAUCCCAGCGGGGAGGCUGGGGACGGGCAGCCCCCUCCCCAUCUUGAGACCCCACCCCGGCUGCGCCUCGGCCCCCCAGCCUGGAGCCCGGCUGGAGACACGGAGCUGGUGGGAUGGGGGAUGCAGGACUGGGAGCCAGGCGAGCUGGGAUGGGGGAAUGAACUGUGCCACGGUUGGGGGGACACUGGGGAGCAAGGGGGGGGUCGCGGCCAGGCCCCCACAGGGGUGAGGGUCCGGCGUGGCCCCACGGUCCGUCCUGCUCUGCCCUCGGUGCCCACCCGGGCUGCGCCUGCCUGGCCUCCCCCAGCUCCCCUGCACUGCGGGGGCUGCCUGUCCCCCCUUGCAGCAGCAUCCCCACAACAGGGGGAGGACUUCUUCCCCCUUCCUUCCCAUCCUCCCCUGGGUUUUGGGUUGUUUUGGGUGAUUUUGGUUUUUAUUUCAGCCCCAUCUGCCUUGUUGGAGCAAAAGGAAUCAAUAAAAGCA